ACACUGGUUUUAGUUUCCAUAGCUAGGCAGGAAGCAGGAUUUAGGAAGGGGAAGAGUCUGGAAAGCCCUAGCUACUGUCCAAGUGGACUUUGUGGGUUUUGGUUUCUCUUCCUUGGUUUUGGGCGACGAUGAUGAGCAACAUCAGCCGGAUCGGCCUUUCAGCCUCUUCUUCUUUGUCUUGCUUUUCGUUCCAGGCUCCAGCAAAUCGGUCUAGAUGCUACUCGAUUCGUCCCCAACGCUUUCGGGUGGCUCGGUGCAGCAGUAGUGCUACUGACGGAGCUCCAGCAAUAGCGAAAGAGUUUCAACAUGUUCUACUGCCCAUCAUCGAUAAGAACCCGUAUCUGUCGGAUUCGACUCGUCAGGCCGCGGCAACAGCUACGUCUCUAGCGAAGAAGUAUGGCGCAAAGAUCACAGUUGUGGUGAUUGAUGAGGAGAAAAAGGAGAAAGACUACGAGCAGAGACUUCAAACAAUUCGCUGGCACCUGGAAGAAGGAGGAAUCCAAGACUAUGGGAUGCUGGAAAAGAUUGGAGAAGGCAAGAAAGCAGCAGUGGUAAUAGGAGAAGUUGCGGAUGACAUGGGGCUGGACUUGGUCGUUCUCAGCAUGGAAUGCAUUCAUUCCAAGCACAUUGAUGGGAACCUCCUCGCAGAAUUCGUUCCUUGCCCCGUGUUGCUGCUUCCCUUGUGAGAAAUUCACGCGUGUCUGGCUACUGACGAUCUUUCUAUAUUUUUUAAUUACAGCUAACACUUGCAAUGCGAUA